CUUGCUUGCCCAUCUCCCCAAACAUCCGCCGCGCUUCAAUACUUACAACGACUCAACGAGAUCGCAGCUUCCAUGGCCUUCUUUUCCGAAUCCCAGACUCCUUUCACAAAACAGAAACAAAAAUAAAAUAAAUCCCAGACUCCCAGAGACAGACAGACACAAGAGUUGGUGGCGUGGUUCCUUGUUUCUACCUCCCUGGGCUCCGUUUCUUUCCCUGCGAAGCUGGCUGGCUCGGCACGGCACUGCACAGAGCAUACCGGCGGUAACUGAGAGGCCCUGCGGCGAUGGGGAAGAAGCGAGCGGCGGCCGUGAGUGCUCCGUUCCCCGCGCCCGCCUCCGAGCCCGAGUCGGACCACUUCAGCGACUACGGCUUCGACCCGCAGCUCCUCCACUUCCCCUCCCAGCCUGAGGCGAAGCGACCGUGGGGCAGGCGCCAGCGCCACCAGCAGCCUGCGCAGUUGAAGCCCCUGGACUCCGCGCGGUUCAAGCUACAGAAGCCCAUCGCCAAGAAGCACCACCGCCAGCAGAAACAGCAGCAGCGCCGCCGGUGGUGGAGCUCCGCCGCCUCUGCCGCGCUCCAUCUCUUCAGGAAGCGCCCCUCAUCAACCAGACCCGCCGCAGGAGCUCCACCUCCCCAGUACGGGUCGCCCGCGUCGCCAACCGUGCCUAUGUACCUCACCGACUGCGAUGCUGGCGGGGACGACGGCGGCGGCGCGUCCGCGUGCACGUGCUGGGCACCGGCCGUGCGGUCCGGCCGCCUGGCCGCCGCCGAGCUUGGCGCCGCGGCAGUGGCGGUUCCCUACGUCAGCCUCAGGUCCACUAGCCUUGGCACUGGAGGCGCUCCGGUGAUGCCCAUCUACCUCGUCACCUGAAGCUAGCUACCUCAGGCCGACGCGGGUUUCUUCUUCAGAAGCUUGGACCACAAGACGUCAGUAAAUUAAACCCUGUCCAAGCGCCUGGACUAGUCGGUCAAAUAUCAACUGCUUGCUUCUAUAAUUGUUCCUGGUUUUCUUCUCCCGUCUGUGGGGUAUUUUCCAGAUGUAGUUGCAGCAGCUGCGUUUUUCUUUCAAAUUCGUUGCUCCAAGAAGGUUGCCGGCUCCUAUAUGGAAGUUCUGACUUCUUC